GGAGCGGUGUCGUUUAUCACCUCCUUUCUUUUUCUCGAUUUUCUUCUAUCUGUCAGUUUCAAACGGAUCGCGAAGACCCAAGGAAGGCGACGCUACUAUUUCGUGUUAACCGGCGCAGUAUAAUUUAAUAUUAAUACAUAGUUUUUGAAUAAGUCGUUAUCACCCGCGAGGGAGAUCUAACAAUGAAGUACUUUUUGUUGUUGGGAUUGGGCCUCCUACUUCUCUCAGGAUGGACCGUGGCGCAGGAAGGUGUUGGGACCGUGGAGGAGAUGACGGUGGAUGCUGAUCUCGGUAUUUCAAGAGAAGGUUCCCGGACUGACGCGGAGGCAGUUGCCCGCGAAGCGGAGGCGAUCAACCCGGACGGCCUGAGCCCUGCGCAGAUGGCCGAGCUGCGGGCCAAGGCCUCCAAUCACACGUUCCAGACCGAGGUCAACCGCAUGAUGAAGCUCAUCAUCAACUCGCUGUACCGCAACAAGGAGAUCUUCCUCCGUGAAUUGAUCUCCAACGCGUCCGACGCUCUCGACAAGAUCCGUCUUCUGUCCCUCACCGACCGCAAGGUGCUGGACGCGACGGAAGACCUCGGAAUCCGCAUCAAGGCGGACCCGGAGCGCAGGCUACUCCACAUUAUAGAUACUGGUCUUGGCAUGACCAAGAAUGAUCUGGUCAAUAAUCUGGGCACCAUCGCCAAGUCUGGCACGGCUGACUUCUUGUCCAAGAUGCAAGAUGUUGAAAAGAGCGGCGCUCAGGAGAUGAACGACAUGAUCGGGCAGUUCGGCGUCGGCUUCUACUCGGCCUUCCUCGUCGCGGACCGCGUCACAGUCGUCUCCAAGCACAACGACGACGUACAACACGUCUGGGAGAGCGACGCCAACUCCUUCAGCGUAGCCCCUGAUCCAAGAGGAGACACCCUCAAACGCGGCACUCACAUCACGCUGCACCUGAAAGAAGAAGCCGCCGACUACCUACAGCCCGACACCAUCCGCGCGCUCGUGAAGAAGUACUCGCAGUUCAUCAACUUCCCCAUCCACCUGUGGGCCUCGCACACCGAGACCGUUGAGGAAGAGGAGGCCGAUGAACCCACUCCUGCUGGAGAUGAUGAGGAUGCUCAGGUCGAGGAUGUCACAGAAGAGAAGAAGGAAAAGAAGAAGACCGAGCGCACCGUCUGGGACUGGGAGCUCAUGAACGACAACAAGCCCAUCUGGACCCGCAAGCCCGCCGAGGUGUCCGACGAGGAAUAUGUCACCUUCUACAAGUCGCUCACCAAGGACACCAGCCCACCGCUUGCCAAGGCUCACUUCGUGGCCGAAGGCGAGGUGUCCUUCCGCGCGCUGCUGUUCGUGCCCCGCGCGCAACCAGCGGACUCCUUCAACCGCUACGGCUCCAAGACUGACCACAUCAAACUAUUCGUGCGUCGCGUGUUCAUCACCGAUGAGUUCAACGACCUCAUGCCCAACUACCUCGCUUUCAUCCAGGGUCUUGUGGACUCCGACGACCUGCCGCUCAACGUGUCCCGAGAAACCCUGCAGCAACACAAACUGAUCAAGGUCAUCAAAAAGAAGCUCGUCCGCAAGGCCCUCGACAUGCUCAAGAAGAUCUCUGAUGAUGAAUACGAGGGCUUCUGGAAGGAGUACUCCACCAACAUCAAACUGGGGGUAAUGGAGGACCCUAGCAACCGCGCUCGCCUCGCCAAGCUCCUGCGCUUCCACUCGUCGGCCUCCGAGUCCAUGACGUUCCUGGCCGACUACGUGUCCCGCAUGAAGAAGGGCCAGAACCACAUCUACUACAUCGCCGGCGCCAGCCGCGCUGAGGUGGAGAAGUCUCCGUUCGCCGAGCGCCUGGUCCGCUCCGGCUACGAGGUGUUGUACCUCACGGAGGCCGUGGACGAGUACUGCCUCGGCGCUUUACCCGAAUACGACGGAUUCAAGUUCCAGAACGUCGCCAAGGAGAUCUUCGACGUUAACGAGAGCGAGCAACAGAAGGAGCGCUGGGAGUCAUACAAGGAGCAGUUCCAGCCGCUGACCAAGUGGCUCGACCAGCAGCUGAGCCAGUUCAUCACGCGCGCCGCCGUGUCCAAGCGGCUGGCCAGGUCGCCGGCGGCGCUGGUGGCCACGGUGUUCGGCUGGACCGGCAACAUGGAGCGCCUCGCGCUCUCCAACGCGCAUCAGAAGGCUGACGAUGCGCAGCGUAAGCACCACCUGUCCCAGAAGAAGAUGAUGGAGAUCAACCCGCGGCACCCGCUGGUGCAGGAGCUGCUGCGGAGAGUGAACGAUGCUCCCGACGACCCCGCCACCAAGCUGGCCGCCAUGUCGCUCUACCGCACUGCUGCACUCAGAUCCGGCUUCAUGCUCCAAGAAGGGCAGGCGGUGGAGUUCGCCGAGUCGGUGGAGCAGAUGCUCGCGCAGUCGCUCGGCGUGCCCGCCGACGCCGCGCCGGACGACGACGACUUCCUCGACACCGGCGCCGACGCCGACGAGGAGGUGCCCGCCGAGGACCACGACGAGCUGUAGGACUCAAUGUUUAUAGACUGUAUGAAGCCAGGAGCUGUGAACACUGUAGUCACGUCUAAAAAUAUCUAAACGGUCAAAGUGCCAAAAAUGUAUAAGCGUCCUUAUUGCAAAUACAUGGUAUGUACAUAUUUUUGGCACUUUGUCCGUAUCAAUAUUUUGAGAUAUCAGUGGCACAAGAAGCACUCUGCUCAUUAGUGAACCGUAUCCACCUAAGUCCCAGAAUCAUACCAGUUUUUAAUUUUGGACCUUAUAUUACAUCAGUUAGCUAGCAGA